AUGUAUUCCUUCAUCCUGCUAGCUCUGACGAGCAUCCCCUCAACACAUGCCUGGGGCUCCCUCGGCCACGAAACGAUCGCGUACAUAGCCUCCCACUACGUCCAAUCCCACACAAAGACCUGGGCUCAAGGCAUUCUUGGCGACACAUCGAGAGACUAUCUCGCCAAUGUAGCGACUUGGGCAGAUAGUUACAGAUAUACUGCUGCUGGGAAAUUUUCUGCUCCGUUCCAUUUUAUUGAUGCCGACGAUAAUCCGCCGAACUCGUGUAGUGUCGAUUAUGAUCGAGAUUGUGGUAAAAACGGGUGCUCGAUCAGUGCAAUUGCCAAUUACACGACACGGGUACAGUCGACGAGUUUAUCGGACACGGAGGUGAAUUAUGCUUUGAGGUUUUUGGUGCAUUUCAUUGGGGAUAUUACUCAGCCGUUGCAUGAUGAGGCGUAUGAGGUUGGAGGUAAUGAUGUUGAUGUGACAUUCAAUGGUACAGAUACCAACCUCCAUCAUAUAUGGGAUACCAACAUGCCGGAACAACUUCGUGGAGGUUACUCUCUGUCGGACGCCUCAGACUGGGCCAAUGAUCUGAUCUCAGCAAUCGACUCCGGAACGUACUCUUCUCAGAAGUCGUCCUGGAUCUUAGGUCUCGACGUUUCGGAUCCGAAAGGCACAGCGAUGAAAUGGGCCACUGACGCCAAUACAUUUGUAUGCUCGAAAGUCAUGCCUAAUGGUGCUUAUGCUCUGGAGAACUCCAAUGACUUGUAUCCGGAAUACUACAAUGGCGUGAUUGAUACCAUUGAACUCCAGGUUGCGAAGGCGGGGUAUCGACUGGCGAAGUGGCUGGAUGAUAUCGCUGCUAAGCAGAGCGUGAGCAAGAGGGCUGUGCAUGGCGAGAUGAUUGUUGAAGAAGAUUUGAGUGGUGCUCAUUUGCUGCCACGGGGACCAAUGAGUCGAGCGCAGAGGAGAAGAGAGGCGAUGGGGUAUACCUGCAAGCAUUAAUCAUGUCAAUGUAGACCAUCAUUGUGCUGCAUUGGCCAUCCAAUCAGAAAUGAUACCCCAAUAUCGCUCUGGAUCUUCUCGUGGAAGUCCGCAAUGUGGUGCCUUCUCGAACACCUCUUCAUGGACUUCCUUGAAUCCUAUUUUUCGAGCUUCAACGGCAUGAUCGUGACAGUCGAUGGCGCUGAC